UUGGGUGCUGAAGGGAGAAGCAGGCAGGUGGGAAGAAGAAGCCAAGCGAGAGGCUUGGUCUGAGGAACAGGGCAGGACAGCACAUCUGGAACCCCAUACGGGCUUGGUACAGGUGUAAUACAGCGCGAUGGUUUGAUGCAAGUUGGUGUCAUAGUCUGCCGUUACAUCCAAGCUAGAGUUGGAUCAAAUCUAGUCUUCGGUGGAUUAUAAAAGUACAAAGUGCAAAUGAAAGGAAAUGAAGCAGUCGUGCCCUCUGAUAUGGUCUCACCAUGCACAAAUCCUGCAAUAAAAGAAGUCUUAAAAAUAAGGCAGAAGCCUCUGUAUGAAAUCACACAAAAAGUACAUGAAACCCUGGUUUUGGUCCUAACAAAAAGACUACUUUAUCCAUCCCUUAAAAUAAGGGCAGAAAUUAAAGAUAUCUCAUGGAUAAACUGUAAAAGAGAUCAACAACCAUGGAGGAGGAAUUUGCAAAAUACCUUGUCUCUGCUUCUGAAAAUCUGCUACUCCAAUAUGGGCAAACUGCCGAUCAAAAAGAUGCAAAGAAGCUGCGAAAUCUCGUUAUGGUCAGGAUACGCACUCAGUAUUUAUACAAUCUAAAAGAGAUGCAGUACUGCGUUUCACUUAAAAUAUGUGAUUUGUCUGGAAAUUUCAUUGUGAAUAUUGAUGCACUUGAGUCUUGCACUAGUUUAAUUAAACUGGAUCUUCAUAACAACCAGAUAGAAGAGCUUCCGGGCCCAAUGUUUUGGGUAAACAUGGCAGGACUGCAACUUCUGUAUCUUCAUAAUAAUAGCAUUUCAGCACUGGAAGAUGUGCAUUCGUUAUCUUUCUGCCCUAAUCUGAUCGCUCUCACCUUGUUCAACACUCCCCUGUGCCUGAAAAUCGCAUAUAGGCAUAUUGUUGUUAACAGCAUCUUUUCACUCAAGGCACUGGACUACUAUGUUAUUUCUGAUGAGGAAAUAAUAGAAGACUGGAAGCUUCCUGAAAAAUAUAAACCCUUUACACCUAGCUUUUAUAUUGAUUUUUGCCCUACUUCUGGAAAGGAAACUACAUUUCAGGAAGAAAUGGAAAUGGUAAAAAAGAUAAUUUCCAAAAUCAAUUACAUCCUAUCUUUUCAUUCGCCAGUCCUGAUUAUUCAGAAAUGGAUAAGAGGAUAUUUAAUUAGAAAAGUAUUGUGCCUGGUUCCUAUGCAAGAUGUUCUGCGAUAUAAACGUUACAUGAGAGGUGGACUAAAGCUACCACCUUUAGGAUCUGAUAGGGAUGUGAAGCAGACAGCUUUGACUAAGAUGGAACAGCGUGCGGAGGUCAAAACGCAUGCACCUGGAAUCCUAAUUAAAGAAGUGAAAGAUCUUAAGGAGCUUCAUUUAUAUUUGAGAAGAUUAAAAUAUCCCAUUAUCUCGACCUUACUCAGAUUGGAAGAAAAGAAAAAAAUGAAAGAAAAGAAAUCCAAAAGGUCACCAAAGAAGGAACACUUGGGCUGGAAGGAACCUGAAGUGAAAUCUGAUGAGAUGGCAAUGAAAUUCAGGCUUUCCAUACAUAGAAUGCAUUUUUAUUCAUUGCAUGAUGAGCUGCAGUCGUGUCGAGAGAGAGACAAAGAAAUUUUUGACGCUGUACAUGACUUGCGUUACUUCAUGCAGCCUGUAACUCCAACUAAGCCUAUUCAUGAGCCAGUGAGCAUAGAUAAGAGGACCUUUGCUAAAGUAUUUGGAGCUGUCAGACUUCGCCCCUUGUGUGCUAUUGAUAAAGCAUACUUGGAAAGUCAAAAGUUGGAUGUUGAGCUUAAAAAGGAGCGGCAUGUCAUGCGGAUGCAGAUUAUUAAAUGUGAAGUUACAGACUACAUCCAUCGUUUACAGGAAGAUAAAAUGGAGAAAGUUCAGAUGGAAAACGAAGAGGGAAAGCUCCAGACUAAAGAUACUCUGGAAGAGCAGAAGAUCAAAAGAUCAAAGUCAAUUAAUAAACUGAGGCAAAACUAUACCAAUUUUGUAAACAUCAAGAAGAAAAAGACAUUUGAAAAUACAUUUGUUCAGCGCUUCAGCACGCAACAUCUUUCUUUGACAAAUGGCUUAUUAAGAAUGGAUGGAUGGAGGAAGAAUAAGGAAUUUGUGAAGGAACGAAAAGUUGUAGUUAGACAAAUUAUAGAAGAACAGAAGCAGCGAAGAGAGAUGUUCGAAAAUUUCCGUGAGGAGAGGCAAGAUAUGAUGCAAAGACAAAACACAGAUGAAAAACAGUUUAGGAACUGUGUGGCCCACGAAAUGGCGAGAGAGAGAUACAGGCAAGCCAAGGCAAAGGUUGAAGCCAUCAAGCAACCCAAACAGAUGGCGCUGUACUCCUUGCCUGUGAUUGGCAGUUCUGGCACUGCAGUGCCUGUCAUAGAGUAUGACGGCUAAAAUGAGAAUCUUACCUGGACAUGAAAAAUGGAUAUGUGAAUAUGGGAUCUGUCCAUGGUGAAAAAGUGUCUGAAAUGGAUAGAAAAUCAAAGUCAUACCUAAUAACACCAAAGAGAACUGUUUAUGUGAAUUAUUGGAGAUUUUUAAAAAUCCAUCUGCAAGAGACUGACCAGAUACAGCAUUCUGCAAAAAUUACCAGCUGCUAUUUGUGUCAUGAAGAAAUAAUCAAUCAAUCUUUAUUGCUGUCAAAGACCAGACAGCAUGAAGAAAUAACAAAAUAUAGAUAUAUUUAUAAAUAAUUUGAUAUAUGUUGUUCAUUUUUUAAAAUCAAUAACCAGCUAUAUCUAAAUGUACAAAUGUUCCGUUUCCACAAUUCACUGUAAUUUUAAGUAACAAUUGGGAAAAAGGAAAGUGUAUGAAAUGGUGGAACAGAAAAGAUCUUAGAUAUGUUGUCAUGAACUACAUAAGGAGUGCCCAUAGUGAAGAAGGAACAGACUGUUGUUUCAAUGCCUUCGUGGCCCGGUUAAUUUUUUUAUAAUGGUUAUGGAUAUGGUAAAUCUGGCCUGCUUUAGUUUGGUGAAGAUGGUCUGUCACAUACUUUGCAAACAAAAUCUGGGAUUCCUACUGCUACCACAGUACCAGACCUCUUGGAAGGAGAUCUUCACUUUUUUGUUAUAUAUUAUUAGUGCCCGUUAGAUCUUUAGGACUGUACAUACUACAGGUUGUGCUCUGCUCUUUGAGCCAUUCAUCCUUGGCCAACAGAAGUAUAUCUUUCAUAUGGCAAUGUGCUAAAUGUGAUAGAUUUCAUUGAUAAGCUAAUCCAUGUCUUCUACCCAACACUUUGUUUUGGGGGUAAGGUUGUUUUACAUCCCCACUUGCAUUCCAAGCAUUCUUUGUCAAUAUUGGAUAAUGAGCAAUAAAAUUGUGGUCUGCAUAA